AUUAAACUGCACAGAUGGUCUCAACCGCGCCAACAAUUGAACGUUUCUGUGAAAGUGGACCCUGUUAAACGUUAACGUGGUGAACGAUAAACCGGCGUCUCCAGUUAUCUGCUAAGUUAUGUGUUGUACAGCAUAAACAGCAUCUUCUUGGAAACAGGGAGCGGCGCAGUGGAAACCAAAUGCAGCUCGGGCCUUGCUUGCCGUCAAGCUCUAGCCUCGGCUGGAAAGUGUUCACCUGAAACACACAAGUCACAAUGACUGUGGGACUCUCCAGCUGAGUUUGUGGACAGUCACAGCUGGAUAGCCUGACGGGAGCUGGACGGAGACUGUGGAGAGGAUUGUAAAAAGCGUCUGUGCUGCCGUUAUCGCUGCCGAGGGAUCUACUGGACCUGCAUUUCGGAUAAAGUCUGCAAUCGGCUGCACUGUGGUUGACGGGUGACCCCGAUCCACAGCCGUCUGUGCUUCUGGGUCAGCGCUGAGCUAAUAGAGGUGGCCUGACCGGGUCCGAUGUGGAAUUUAACACAGAGUGACCCUCACCCACAAGCCUUUCUCUGAGCCCAGACUAAAGGGGGGAAAAAGAACAAGAGGAUCGACGGAGAGGAGACAGAAGUGAGAGCUGCAGCACAGACACCGCUCUCCCACUAUGCCGGUGGAGACCCUGCGGCCGUCAGACGGCCGCCUGGCUGGAGCUCCCUUCACCUCCGCAAUGCCCUUCCGGUUACUUAACAAGGGUCCGGACUACUUCCGCCGCCAAGCUGAGCCCGGCGUUCGUAAACUGAGUGCGGUGGAGCGCCUGGAGGCUGACAAGGCCAAGUACGUUAAGAGCCAGCAGGUGGCCCUCAACCGCCAGGCCCCCAUAAAAGCACCAAUCAUCCGCAAGCCCCUGGUUCCCUCGGGAAUGAUGCUGCAGUGCCAGAUCUCCCCUAGCACUCCUCCAACCCGCAAGGUUGCCCGCUGCCCAGCUGAUGUGGAGACCAGAGGGGGAAGAGAGGGGCCGGGAGCCAAACGAGGAGCCGCUCUUAACUUGGAUAUUCUCAAUAAUCUUAUUAAUGAUGUAUGCGACGGACCCAUGCCCUGUUCUCAAUCAUCAUUCUCCAGCUCCCCUUCAUCAUCAUCUCCAUCAUCUGGGGCAAAGAGCAUCGGGAGUAGUCUGUCAGCAGAACAGGAGAGGAGCAGCCGACUGCUCAACAACCUCAAACCCUUGAAUCACGGUACCACCAACUCGUCUUCCACCUCUUCCUGCACUUCCUCUCCACUCAUUAAUAAUAACCUCAGAACCUCUGCAGAACUCACCCAUCGCCCACCACCUGUCCCGGCGCGAGCUCCCCGCAUUGGGCUUCCAGUGCCCUACAGCUCCCCUAACUCUGUAACUGUGCGCAGGGUGGAUGUCCGGCCUCAGGCUGAGGUGAGCAAGGUCCAUAGGGUCCAGCUGCAGCCCCCGGUCAGGCCGAGACAGACCGCACAGGGACAAGUUCCACACCCACAGGUUCCUCCCCCGCCUCCCCCGUCCUCUCAGAACCCACCUCAAUCCCACCCGCAGCUCACCGCCCCCUCGCAAACACUGCCAUCCCCGCCGGCCUACCUGCCGCCCAGUCCCAUGCUGGUCAGAGCGGGCAUGAUCCCGCCCGCCUCGCCUGCUUUCACCCGUAUAUCGAACGCCAGCUCCAGGGGGUCCGGCCGCAAGCAUCCGUCGCUGCACCGCUCCAAGUCGGACCUGAGCGACCGCUACUCUCGCGCGACGGCCGACCUGGAGCGUUUCUUCAACUACUGCGGGCUGGACCCAGAGGAGGUGGAGGGAAUGGGCGGGGUGGAGUGCUUCACGAGGGCCAACUCGGACAUUGUGUCGGUCUCCAAGCUCCGCAGCGUCAGCACACCCAGCUCGGAGUGCGGCGACGAGGCCGACCGGGCGAGGGAUGAGGGGGGAGAGGACGACGAGGACGACGGCCCCGUCAGAGCCAGCGAACGCGUGCCGUACGGCAUCUCGGUCAUCGAGAGGAAUGCCCGGGUCAUCAAGUGGCUGUACGGCAUCCGUCAGGCCCGGGAUGCCAACAACGCUGUCUCUAACGUAUAGACUAUAAAAGACUAGAAUAAAGAGGCAAGCAGACGUUUUUAGACACAUUCAAAGAAGGAAGGCCCGUCUGUUCAUAUUCUACUGCCUUACGUGACUUACGGACAAUCUAGGACUUGUGUCCAAUGAAGACUCAGUGUUGGAACGUACACGUUUGUGUGUGUUUUCUUCUUUUUUUUGUUUGUUUGGGCUGCAGGUCAGGGCCGCUACCUUGCAGAACGUAAAGGACGAUACAUUUCUGUUAAUUUUCCUACUUAUACAACAAUAAUGGUAUAUGAAAGCAAUAAUUGACCUGUGUAAAUGGUGAACAUGAAGCCAGAGGAUGUUUGCAGUUGUUGUUCCUUAAAUACAGGUUGUGUGUGUGUGUGUGUGUGUGUGUGUGUGUGUGUGUGUGUGUGUGUGUGUGUGUGUGUGUGUGUGUGUGUGUGUGUGUGUGUGUGUGUGUGUGUGUGUGUGUGUGUGUGUGUGUGUGUGUGUGUGUGUGUGUGUGUGUGUGUACCAGAGCUUGGCAGAGUAAAGCCAUACUACAAAUUGGCUAGCUAUUGUUGAAGAGCUGUUGAGAAAGCCAGGACCCCGCUGAUACUGUGAAAUGUCACAAAAAAAGCUUCCCUACACAUUUGUACUUUCAAACUUGUUUUGGCUGUAAGACUGUUAUUACACACUCUCUUUUUUGUCAGCAUGUGAGUGUAUACCUUGACUUUAUGGUUUUGCCAUUUAAGCAACAAACUUUCACACAAAUAAUCACUUGAUUGCACAGACGUACUUUGAGGUCAUUUACAGUGAAUAGGAUCGCAUCUGCAGUUAGUGCCGUGUGUAUAUCUGACUGUAACUUUGUCUACUUUUGUGUGUUUGCAUCUGAAACGGGGGUUCUGCUGCACUGGUGCAGCAAGGAGCCUCUUUACUAUGUAUGUCUUGGCACAGAUAAGCGCACAUGUCAUGUGAUGGGGGUGGAUGGUUGGAGUAAGUGUAGCAUGAAAAAGUUAUUUUGCUUUCAAAAGAGUAAGAGGUAAUAAGACUGAGUAUAUUCAUGGAUAAAGAAAGAUAUCUAUGUGUACAACCAUGUCUGUGCUUUUAAAAGUGUCUCAGGAAGAUAUACUUGGUAUACAAAUAAAAAUGGACCAAUAUUUAUUUGGAAAAAUGUAAUUUAAUAUUCAGAGACUGUACAGAAUCCAGUCGUCUGCUUGCUGCAAUGUGAACACAUCUGCUACAGUUAUUGUAGGGUCACAUUUAAAAAUACAGACAGCAGUCGCACCUUCAGAGCGGAACGCGUGAGAGCGUCCCGCUGCGCCGAAAGCGAGACUUUGUGUAUUUGUUGGGCUUCCUGUAUGCUGCGGCGGCGGCGAGGAAGGUCCGACUCCUCCACCCUCCACUUCCUUUAGGUUCGCUGUUUAUCAGCUGGAGGACGCCAGCGGCCAAAGGAGGGAGAUGUGUGAAAGGCUUUACCGUGGUGUGUUCUAAACCGUUAAUAAAACCUGUUCAAGUA